AUGGACUCCAGCCCCCUCGGGCCCUCCACCUCUGGAGGCAUGAACCCGGAGCAUGUGGGCCGCGUCCGGGUGCUAGUGAUUGGCAACACGGGUAUGGCAUCGCGCGGCCCAACUCGAACGCCUCCCGCCCGCACCGCGCGCGGCCCUGACCAAGGCUGCGGGAAGACCUCGUUGUCGCACUUCUUGGCGACGGGCGAGGUUCUCAAGGCGGCCCAAACCACUGUGGGUUGCAACGUUUUCGCCAAGCUGGUGGAGUAUCCUGAGGAUACCAGUGUCGAUGGCACCAAGCAGAACCAUCGCCUGUACUUUGUGGAACUGUGGGAUGUAGGUAUUGACCUUUCGCCAGAACAAAGGGGGGGCAUUGCAUGA